AUGCCCCCCGACAGAUCAUGUUUUACGGCACUGAACCUGCCGCCAAAUUUUUCCUGCCCGGAGCGCAUGGACUAUUUUACUCUGGCUGCAGCACCUAACACUGAUUUAUGGCGCAAACCACCGGACCGCGACACCUCGACAGCUCCCAUCUUGUUCACAUCGCUGUUGCAGCCAUUCGUUAUUGCGGAAGUGACAGUCACGGCGGAUUGGGAGAUGGAAUGGGAUCAGGGCGGCCUGGUUAUAUUCGCUGGCCCAGCACCGUCCCAACAAGCACUGCCACCCUCAAAUAUUGGCCGUAAUAAUGUUAAUGAUAAUAAUACUCAUAACACACACGUCAUCCCCUCAGCCCAACUACCUCGAGAGCAAACGGCACCACCUCCAUACCCGCAGCCAACCCGGCACACUCCCUGCAAAUGGGUAAAGGCCGGUCUGGAGUUUUCCUCCGGAACCGUCAAUGCUUCCUCCGUGAGCGCUACGGCGGAUGGUGCAGAUUGGUGUCUAUCACCAUUGGCACCGCCUAACCAACCCACAACAAUCAACUCGCUGCGGAUAAAGCUCGAGCGCGUUGGCCACUCACUCUGGGUCUGGUACCAGCUGCCUUCAGCCGUCUCCCCUUAUGCAUGCACACCUGGUGCGUUGAGUGAUACCUGGCGAAAGCUUCGCGAGGUCACGUGGUUCUUUUGGGGUGUUGAGGACAAGAGUGUCCAUGUUGGCGUAUAUGCUAGUCGUCCAUCAAAUUUUUCGAUAAGCAAUAGUGCGUGGGAAAUGAGGAAUGGGAAUCGCUUCGUCCAGGGUGGGCCUCCGGAGCAAGGGCAAGGGGCUGUGGCUGGCGGGAGUGGCAUCGUAAAUCGUUCCAUGGACGACGACGCGGGACCCGACGGGCUGGUUGUGGAGUUUGAGGAUCUGGAGAUUUUUUGA